AUGUUAUAUUUUGUGGCUGCAUUCAGUGUCUCUGGCCUUUACGCCCUUGUUUCUGCUCUAGCCUCUAUCGCUGUAAUCCAGAAGCCAGAAUUCAAACUGAAGUUCCUCCUCAACUUUAUCUUCUGGGAUACACUAAUACUGGGGAUAAUAGCCUCAGCAACAGGAGCAGCAGGAACUGUGGCAUAUAUUGGUUUAAAGGGAAACAGUCAUAUGGGUUGGAUAAAAGUUUGCAAUGUCUACGACAAGUUCUGUAGGCAUCUUGCUGGAUCCAUAGCUGUGGCUUUGUUCGGCAGCAUUGUCACUGUUCUGCUCAUCUGGCUUUCAGCUUUCAUCAUUCACAGUCGAGUCCCCAAGUAGAUGGAAGGAAUACGAACCAUUCAGCAUAUACAUAUUCACUAAAUCAGUGUGACAAGUUAAUAUUCAUAGUUUGGUGUGAAUAACCUUUUGUUCUUUGUGAGUGUUUCUUCUAAGGUGGUGACCAUAUGUGAAAAUGAAUGAUAGUAACACAUUCUUUUCACAUAUUCUUUGUCAUUGAAUGAAAUUCAUGUGAGUCUUGCUAAAUGAUGCAGGUAGACUCCAUAAUCACCAAGUUUCAUAUGAAUUCCUUGUAGGAAUAAUGUACAUAUUGAAAAGUUGUGUCAAGUAAUGCGCAUCUAGCAUUUCUCACGUUUGUGAAGUGUAAACGAUGUCUCCAUGGAUCCAGUUGUAUUUUCCAUUCUAUUUGUGCUGAAAAGAAUUAUCCGAUUA